GAGAUGCUGGACGUUUUCGAAAAGGCUAAUUGAAACAGCAUGGCCUUUAAGGCAGGCCCAGUGCUUUUUACUGGCGAAUGCUGAAGAGGAAUGCAGAGCGACAUUCACUGUUGAGUUUAGAUUGGGACAUCGUGAACUCCUAGGCACAAGGAGUGCUGCUUACUACUGCAGAUGCAUUCAAUCAAUUACUACAGGAUUCCUAUGCAGCUCUGGGGAGUACAGAUAAUGAAUUUGAUAACUUAAGCCUUGCAUGAACACACAUUUAAAUAUUUAGGAAUCUGUAAACUGAGAACCAACCACGGGGAAAUGGUGGUGAAUUUCAAGAUAUUUUUUUCUUCUUUUUAAACCUGCACCAUACUCUGUUUUGUCAGUGUUUAAAUUCCAAGCACACACAAGCAAUUACAACCAGUGAAGCACACAAAACUCCUCUGUGGCACCAGUGGCAAAGUCUGACAGCGAUAGGCACCGUGCCAACGAUGACGGCAGGCUUUCUGCUCCCGAGCUGAUGUCAUCGGAUGCCUGGGAGGCAGAUUUGUGGCUUAUUUUGCUUCUUUUUUUUCCUGCAGAAAAACCUCAUUUAAGUGUCUCAUUGUCCUUAAAUAGCCUCGAAGCUGUUUCUGGAUUACAGUGAUUGAAUCAAGUGUGCCUAAACUAUUUAUGUGACACAAAAUCAGAUCAAGCGGUGAUAUCUGUCAGCACUAGUACCAGCAUUUCAUGAUUUAUUCCUGCGAUAGCCUGGAGCUACACCACUGUAGAUCAGUUUACAGUGUUAUAUACAUUUUGUUUUAUUCAGGACAUGUCACAGACAUAUAGACAUAGAGAUACAAAUGACAUGAGAUGAGAUAAUGACAUCAAAUGAUAUAUUUGUCCUGUAUGUGUUUGGUUAAUGUCUAUCCUGAGGCCAGCUGUGAUAAAUGGAGUACUAAUGGAACAAUAAAGCAGGAUUUCGCACUCCAUUAUAACCUUAGUCUUUGUUCCCUUUGCUCUCUGUGUAUUUAACUAAUCAAACAGGUUAAUUGGGCCAUAUUCGUGUCGUGUGUAGAGUUAAUCCAAUCCAGCCCUGUGUUGUUGUUUCCCUCUGUUCGACUUUAAGAGCUCAAUGGGCGGUCCUAGUGCGCAGACCAAUGAAUCGCCUUCUCUAUUUAAAUAGUCCUUGAUGUCAACUUUUCUUCUUCACUCGUAGCUCCCUCUAACGCCAUGUUGGCUGUUAUGACUUGACUUGUUGUUUUCAUCAGCCUUACUACGGACUUGACAGGAGUGGCUCUCUUAAAACGCCCCUGCCUCCUUUGGAGAAGCUUAAUUCCUUCUUUUUUUUUGCGCGGACGCGUUUUGGAUGAUACGCGCGGAGUAUGCACGCAGCAUCCCCGUGACUUUGCAUUUGAAAGGAAUACUACUUGGAAUUAGAAGUUUGAAAGGUUUUUUUUUUUACUUCCCCACAUUGUCUAUAUGUGCAACAAAAUGUCAGAUGUUCGCCUUUCUACCGCGAGCCCCACAUUGGAGAGGGUGGAUGCGCGGCAGCCGGAAAACGCUAGACCCUCGGUGCGCAGAAACCUUUUUGGCACACCGGACCCAGAGGAGCUACAGAGGCAUUUACAGUCUUUUGCACAGGAAGAAGUGCAGCGUUUUACGGAGACGUAUAAUUUCGACCCCGUCAACGACAGACCGCUCUCCCCGCGCAAUUUCGACUGGAAGGAGGAGCGCGACGCACCGGAGUUUUACACCCGGGAGCCUCACACGAGACCCCAGCGAGAGGAAGACCUGCCCGGACACAACCACCCGGAGGGAGCCGAAGGGAGGUCGGAUCAACCGGACACACUCGGUUCGAGGAAGAGGCGUUCAGGAGCUUCAGGUUCCUGCUCCAGCGAGUGUCCUGGUAAAAGGUCGCAUACCGAUGAAGAGGAUGAUGAAGACCAGUCGGACAGUGCAGGAAGUCAGGCGGUGAAAGCCUCGGAGGAGAGACCCAGCAGGGAGGUUAGAACGGAGGCCAAGUGAAAAACAGUGCCAGAGCGGGGAGACCUGUUGCUGAUGGAACACUGUAGCCUAGUCAUCAUCUGACAGAUGAGGGUGAAAAUAAAACGCAGCCUUUUCCUAAAGAAGGGAGGAGGAGAGGCUGCACACGCACUGAAUAUGUACACUAUCAAGUUUUGGCACACAUUUCAAUUUAAAUGGCCUCAGAAGAAGCAGACAAUGUAGCAGUGUGCAAAUGGAUUUUUGCUCAUUUUUUUUUUUUAAAUCUACUACCUAUGUUUCAGAUGUAGCACAUAAAGAAAGCAUACUAUGCUUUUCAUACCUUUUGUUAAAUGUAUUUGUGUGAAUUUGACUUGGGAAGUUGCAGUGCAAUUUCCAACAGAUAAAUAUUAUUUUGUUAAGUUGGUCAUAUUUUAUUAUUAUUAUUCAGGUAAUUGAUGUAAGUUAAAAAAUGCAGAUUUGAAAAGAAGUCAGGGUUGUGUGUAAACAAAACGUCUUCACUUUUUCUAUGGCUUUAUCUGUCCCAGUGUUGUAUAUCUUUUUUUGUGAAGGCCCAGAUGGCCACACUGUAAGUUGAGGGUCCAUCUAAACUGGGAACAGCCAUGACAUAAAGUUUACAUGCAAAUAUGGUGUCUUUAUUCCCCCCAUUUGUAUUUCUUUUUUUUGCCAAAGUUUGUGCCUUUUGUUCUGGGGGUAAGGGAGGGGGGUUUAACUGCUGAGCAAUAUCCAACCAAAUUUUAACAGUAUUUGCUAAUAAUCCUAAGAAUUUAAAAACAUUUUUUAAUUAGAUGAGUUCAUAUUUUAGUGGCUUUUAAAGUCACGUAAUCCGCCCCUUAUAAUAAGAGGUGUAGUCCAGGUUAACAUAGAUACAAUAUGUUAAAAACACUGGGCUACUUAUUAUGCAAAUAUGUGAAUCAAAGAUUUGUUAUUUGUGGUGUGAAAUUCAUGUGGAACAUGUAAUUGCACUAUUAUUAAUUUCUAUACUUUUUUUUGAAGGCAGAAAAACAACUCUUAUUUGGCGUAAAACUUUGAAGUGUACCUGUGUGCUUUAUUUCUUCUUUUUUUUCAAAACACUGAAAAAAUCCUACUAACUUAUUUAUGUCGAGCUUUUUAUUGUUGGUGUACGUGUAUAGCUUCCUGAAAAUACAUUUUUUGUAAAUAUAUAUUUCCAUUAUUGUUUGUAAGAUAAAUAAAUUGUUGCAAAACUGAGCCUAAUAAUCGAUUUUAUACCCUGUGUGU